AUGCCUAGGAACAUCAGGCUGGUACGACAUAUACGUUUUAGUGCUUCAAAAAUGCACUUUAUCUACAAAACUCUUCGGAUACUCACAGUCAAUACAUCUAAGUCUGAUUAUUAUUACUGUAUGCAUAAAAUGGCUCGGGUAAAACAACUUUUACCAAGCGCAUCGAGACCUAAGACCGCCAUAAUACGACAAGUAAGGCCGUUUUGCAGGUUGGAAUGCAAGCGGCAUUCAUGGAGCGACCCGUUCGAUAAGGAACCUGCCACAAUAAAAGCUGUGAAUCGCAAAAGGCCCGGAGUGAAGGCAUGCAAGAAAUACGACAUUUACAAAGAACCACGGGCUGCGAAUAAAAUAGCGCAGGCCAGAGCAGAGGUACAUCUCGCAUGUCUUUUCGAGGAUACGAACCUCGCGGCGAUCCACGCUCGUCGAGUAACGAUUAUGCCUAGGAACAUCAGGCUGUCUAACGCCCUGCUGUCUCUUCAAAAGGCAGCAGAGGUACAUCUCGCAUGUCUUUUCGAGGAUACGAACCUCGCGGCGAUCCACGCUCGUCGAGUAACGAUUAUGCCUAGGAACAUCAGGCUGGUGCGACAUAUACGUAUUAGUGCUUCACAAAUGGCACUUUAUCUACAAAACUCUUCGGAUACUCACAGUCAAUACAUCUGUUGGGACAUUUAUUGCUACAUGUCCAACUUUUUUCAGAAGUCUGUUUGUUAUUACUGUAUGCAUAAUAAACCGUUGAGGAUCGAACGUUGCAUGGGGUUCGGCCUCGGUGACGUUAUCCUUUUUGCCUGCCACACCAAGGCACUAGUAGCCUCCCAAUCAUGA